AUGAGCAUCUACCUGAAGAGAGGCACUUCCCGCCCUCACCUCUCAGACGUCCCAUUAGAUUUUUUCAAAAGGGAAAAUAAAAAUGGCCAAGGGGGAAGAAAUGCUUCCCUCAGUGAUACGCACGAGCAGGGGGAAAGACCCACCGAUAUCAAAGGAAAAAAAAACACUCUUCCCUUUUUUGCAAAAUCAACAAAUGGGGAAGUCAUUCAAAUGGGAAGGGACAAAAUGGGAGGACGAGGAUGUGCCUCCGCAAAGGGGAUCACAAAAAAGGGGGAAAGAAAAUUUAGGGGGAAAAGCCAAAAAAAGGUGGCCUCCGCGGAUGCCUGUCUGGAGGGGAAAAUAUUUACCAUCCCUAGUUAUGACUUUGUGAAGGUCAUUCGGAAGGCGCGGCGGGGGGAUGUAGGCGAUGAGCACAACUCCGAGGUGACCUUCGAAGCAGUGAGUGCAUCUGCCCAUGUCAGCUCAGGGCACACACUUCCCACGAGUAUCCCCCGGGAAUGGGAAAAGUCCCUGUUGCUGCGGCAAAUCGAAGGGGAAAAAGUGCCGACGGAAAACCCCUUCGAAAAAGUCACAAAGUGGGAGGUCACCAUGUGCUGGAAGAAGCACAGGAAAAUAAACAUCGCCUUCGUGGAAAGGCACAAGAGGAAAAAUGGGAAAACUGUUUUCACGAAAAAAGUGAAAAAAAUAUACUUGUCCCCAAAGGAAAGCACCUUCAGUCCCUUUAUGGAUAAAUACGUUAGGUACGAGGACGUGGUGAAGUUAGAAAGGCACCUCACUCGUUACAUGACACACAAGAACAUCGUAGUGAUGGAAAGUUUCUUCUGCGUUAAUGAUGAAAUACAGGUGGAAUGGCCCUGGAAAGUCCACGCGGCAAGCAACUCCAUGAAGCAGUACACGGAAUGGUCCAAGCGAGAAAAAAAAAAAAAAAAACACACAUACGUCUACCCAGAGUACCUCCUCGGAGAGAUUAUGCGGCAGCUCCUGACGGUAUGCCACUAUCUGGACGAGCAACAAAUUUUCCACAGUGACAUAAAACCAUCCAACAUUCUUGUAAAAAAUGUGAAAAAAAAAAAUAUGAACAAAAUAUAUUUCUGCACAAGGGAUAAAAAAUGGUACUUGCAAAAAAGGGGCACAAUUUUAAAAAAAAAAAUUAUGAUCAAACUUAUCGACUUUGAGUACGCACAGAAAAUAUUCCAAGGGAAAGUCAAUGUAGGUGGAACAACAUCGUUAUUUAAACCACUGGAGGAUUUUAAAAUGGGAAGAAUUCAUGCUUCACCGAAGAUUGUAUGGACUCUGGGGAUCACGCUUUUCAUUUUAUCCACUGGUGCACACCCCUUCAGUCGAAUUAACAACGACAUGCAUAUAUGGUAUGUGUUGCAGGACAAAGGGUUUGAUGUGUGCAGGCGAUUCAGUAGGUAUCCCUUCAUGUCGAGUUCGCUGAAGGAUUUGCUCACGCACAUGCUACAGGUGGACUUCGCUCGCAGGGCGACCCUCCCGGAAUUGUUCCUCCACCCAUUCGUCCUCUUCGGGGAAACAGCAUGGCGGAGUGGCAAGACGAAGCGGCCAUGA